UCACCCUCACUCUGUCACCUCUUGUGAUCUUGUUCUGGUUGCAGCAAGCACACCUCCGUCGAAGCCACGUCGUCGCAGAGGGCUCCGAGGCUCCGAUCCAUGGCACCGUUGCCGAGAGGUUGCUUGGUCCUCAUGCCCCUGCUGCUCCUGGCCGCGGUGAUCGCUGCCAUUGCCGUGCCGGCCGUGGCAGCGGCGGGCACGGAGUGGGCCAACGAGGAGCACCACCGAGGCCGCCGCUCCCAUAGUGCCCCGGCGGCUGCGCCAGCCGAGCCGCCGUCCACCCAGAGGCUGUACCCUUCCCAUGGCCCGGCACCGGCGCCUGGCGCGACGGCGACGGCACCUCAGGGCGCGGAGGCGCCCGCCCCGGCUCCUGAGGCAGGGGACCACAGUGACGGUGCAGCCGCCGUGCCGGUCGCGUGGCCGGUCGCUGUCCUGGCCGCCGCCGGCGUGGCCGCGGUGAUGAUGGUCUGAAUUCAGCAAGUAUCGAUAUGAAUCUUGUCGUAUGGCACUGAGGGGUAGAACCGGAGAUAGUAAUUCUGCUGUUGCCAGUGUCAAGUGCUUGCCAUUUCCUCUUCAAUCGUAUUUUUAAAUUGUAUGUGAUGUCCUAUGGAUAAUCUGCUUGUGAUAAAUCUUUGUUUGUGUGGGCGUAUCUGCCAUGCGAAACGUUAUGUUUCUGCUGAUGACUAUUGAUUGUCCCAUCAG